AAUCAUUUAAAUCAGAGAGCUGAUGGUCACUCAGUGGUGAAAAGCAGAUGUUGAUGAAGAGCUGCACGUUGGUGUGAAAUUAAAAAUACUACAAAAAAGAGCAGGAAGGUGAAAUUAAAGCGAGAAAGUUUCCUCAUCGACUGACAGUGAAGUCGGGAUCCUGAAGACUCGGCACAAUGAGCCGUUCACGGGGCGACACAGAGGGUGAAGCUCCUGCCUCCAAACACACAAACUCAGGCAGAGGGUCAAAGGUCACCUCAGAGAGAGUGGCCCUGCUGGUUGUCUGUUCUCUCCUGGCAGCUGCAGUCAUUGUUAUUUACCAACUCUGUUUUGCUCAUAUCCAAACCAAGAAAAAUCUCCAGACACUGAGAGAAGAGUACGAAGCUGUAAAAAGAAACCUCACAGAGAGAAUCAACACGGUGCAGCCUAUAUGCCCAAAAGAUCCUGAAGUAAAAAUCAAUCAAACAUAUAUGAAGUGUGACAGAGACUGGGAGCAACAUGGAGGAAAGUGCUAUCUUUUCUCCAUCAGUUCUGCAAACUGGGAACAGAGCAGACGUUGGUGCCAACGUGAAGGAGGAGACCUGGUUAAGAUAGACAGCACAGAGGAGCAGAUAUUCCUGGUGAAUAGAGUCAGAGAAAAAAUGAAACAUCUCGAGGACAUGUUCUGGAUUGGACUGACAGACUCAAAGGAAGAGGGCAAAUGGUUUUGGGUGGACGACUCACCACUGAACACAAGUCUGAGCUUCUGGGUCAGCAGGAAGCAAAAGGAGCCGGACAACUGGACAAAGGAGAAUCCUGAUGGAGAGGACUGUGUGAGGAUGGGGAAGGAGAAAGAAGAAAAAGAUAAUUACCUGAAGUCCUGGUGGGAUAAAUCCUGCAAAGCAUCUCAAAGAAGUAUUUGUGAGAAACAUGAGGAAAGUGGACGUUACACUUUAACAUGUGUCUGAAAUCCAGUGAAGGUUGAGUCCUCAGCCAACUUAACAAUCUGUGGCAUGAUGAUGUUUUUGAUAAAGCUAAUGUCAAAUUCAAUGGAAACAUCUGCAAACAUUUAAAGGUUCCCUCCUGAUGCAUGUAGAAAAUACUCUGAAUAACAUUUUGUGUCUGAUAUGUUUUAUUUUUCUACAAAAACCUUCAGUUUCCUUGUUAAUGUUUCUCUAAAUAACAUCUGCUCCUCCCUCAUAUAGAACCUAUGUAUAUUAAAUAUUGCUGGACACAAGACGUCUCCUACUUCACUGUAAAGUCUGUUCUCAGUGUUUGUGACCUGGAGGCUUCAAGUUUCCACAUCAAACAUGUGCAAGGUACAUAUUGCAUAACAUAUCACACAUUACAUAUGUUUGUUGUGUUCUCUCUUUGUUUUAAACAUUUAAAGACGUCUGUUUAAAUCUGUCAAACACCGACGUCCCAUUGGUCUAUUAAAUGCAAAUCUAUUAAAUGCAGAAUGAUUUAUCAAGGAAAAUUUGCCUGUUAUGAUUUUCUUCACAUGAAGUUGCUCAGUUGUAUGUAAAUUAUUGUACCGCUGCACACAAACCUCUGUAAACAUGUAUUCUACUUUUCUACUUUUUCUGUGAACAAGAUGAGUCUGCAUGUUUGUGUUGCUCAAACCCGUCCUGCAGCAUCAUCCACUCGUCCUCUGUCUGUCUGCUCAGUGUGAUCAGCUGAGUCGUGUUUGAAGCCGUUGUUUAAAUAUAGAACCUAUGUAUAUUAAAUAUUGCUGGACACAA